UAGUUGGUGUUUUUAUAUAAUUUAUUGGACUUGUUAUUUUUUCCUACAUGUAUCUUGCCCUUUCCACACUUUUAUAUUAUUAUUAUUUCUAGGUUACGUCACAGGAUCAAUAUUUCUUACUUUAAAAGUCAAUCAUUGAUUAAAAUGAGCUUCUCAUUACUCGUUUGUGUUUCCAGAUGAGGCUUUCUUCCCAUCUUGGAGGCUUACAGCUCACCUUCCUCUCCCUCGCUCUUCUCUGCUCCUUCAUGACAUCGGCGGUCACCAACCCCGUCUCCUCCACCCCUCUGCUGCCCACAGUGGACAGCCCUCAGCUGGAGUCGGCCCUGCAUCGUCUCAAAGAGAGUCUGGAGGAUCCAGGAGACUCAGACCCUCUAGAAGGUUGGCCUCAAGACCCCCAGUCAGUCAUUUUGGAGCCCAUGGAGGGCGGAGUCAGCUCUGAAGAGGGGGAGAGUGACAAACCCUGGGUGGAAGAGGUCCUGCUGAGGGCACAAAGAGGGAACCUGGUGGACACGCCCGCCGCUCUCUUCCCUGGAGAUAACUCUGUGGACAGUUUGCAUCAUCAGGAGGAGGAAGGAGAAGACGGGUGGAAGAGAAACGACGCUCUGACCUCCAUCGCCGGAGGACUCCAAGCUGUCAGCCGGGAGAAAGGAGGAUUCGGUUUCCGCUUUGGGAGGAAGAGGUGGACGGAAAGGGGAUGGAGGGGUGAUGGGGGGGGGGAGGACAGAUAAAUAAGAGAACAGCUACACAGUAACAUAAAAAGAAGAGUUAAACUCUAGAAUCUUUCAUUUUCUCUUCCCCGAUGAGAUGGUAGGUUCAACAAAAAUGUCUGACAUGAAGUCAGAAAUAUGUCACAGUGAUGUGCAAAGUUCAAAAGCUGCUCCAUUUACAUCACUGCUCUAAAUGAUUAUAGAGAAAACUGAUAGACAAAAACAUUUAAAAAAAAUGAAUUAAAUCACAGAAAGAAGCACAAAAAAGUCACUUGAUGACUUCCACAGACUUAUUUUAAGUCUAACCUGAGCAGAACAUUCCUCAAAUGGCUUAACGAUGACGAACAAAACUCAAAACCAGUCGGGGCUGAAGCCAAACAUUUUUCUUUUUCUAGUUUUGUUUUUGUCGUUUCAGAUGGUUCAUGUUGGCCCUCAGAUUAUUCUCUUUUUCAGGUCGUCAAGUUUAACAGACUCACUGUAAAGAGUACAAAAGUUUAAAAAAGCCAACUGGACCAAAAGCUGAGCAGAAAAACCUAAAAUUGUGCAAAACAUGAAAUAUGCUGACGGUUCUCAGGAACAAAAACUUUGUGUGCAUCACUUCUGUUUUCACACAAACCCCUUAUUUUCUGUUUUUAAAACGAGGAAUUUAGAGUUCAGAUGAAUAAAAUGACAUUUUGUUGUGAUGAUUUAUUAAAGUGUUUGUUCUGAAGCA